GGUACGACUAUCAGGGGCGACUUUCAAUAACGUAGGUCACCUCAACAAGCACUUUAGCACAUUCCAGAGCAGAACGAUUUCGUUGGCGGAUCCAGAUCGAGAGUUGACUGGAGAUGCCUACAAAAUAAGAUACGGAGCAACUCUGUACAUCAAGAACAUGGGAACCCGUUCCUUUGCGGGGACAUGGAACAAGGGAGAGACCCUCUGGCCCAUCUGA